AUGGACGACCGCGAAGAGUUGGUUCUAAGCCAAGGGCCCUCCUCCAGCCAUACCUUCGGCCAGUUUGCCUUCGCUCCGACCACGAGAACGACCGUGGUGACGACCACCACAACCACUACAACCUCAUUCCCGCCUCUGAUCAUCAACCCCCCGCGUGCCAUCAAGGAUCUGGAUGCGAGGCAAUACCCUCUUGCUGCAUCUGCCACACCGGCAUCGCUAAGGAAUCUAAGAUUCAAGGUCGGUGACAAGUCCAUUGUUUUUAACGAACCCGACGACACCACUGCAGCCGCCACCGAGCUUCGGGAACGGGGUGAUGCCCUAAGAUCGUCCAACGGUCUUAUCAGAUCGGUCACCUCGUUCUCCUCCGAGGAUGACAGCGGCUCUCGGCGACUGGCCCCGCCUAGAUUCAUGACUCGCAACAAUCGUCCCAACUCUCAGCAUCGCCCCGUUUCCCCCGUUUCUAUCCCGGAUCCUCGUCCAUCUAUUCUUCCUCGCACUCGGCCGUCUCGAGUUCCUUCGGAACCCGUAUCACGACGGACCCGCCACGGGGCCUCAGCCUCCUCCCAUCUCUCUGUUGCCGGUCUCGCUACUCCGGAGACGGAACACAAUGUUGGUGGUUUAGGGGAGAGUGCGCUCGCGAGGCAGAGGAUCCAAAGCGCGAGUUUCCCGCGCAAAGAGUCCCUUCUGAAGUCGCCCCUCUCUUCUGAGGUUGGGCCAUCCGGGGCUGGAGGCAAAUCCGACUUGUCUGAGAAUCGGGAGCAGCAGCGGAUGGGUAUGGACAACGAGGCAUUGACUGCGGAAACGGCGUCCUUCAACCAGAACUCGUUCGACCCGAACCCAUCAUUUAGCACUUCAGUUACGUCGAGCUCUCAGCAGGUUCGACCUGAUCUGGCAGCUCAGCUGUCGGCCAUUGACAACGCCAUGGCGCAGGAUAUGUGCUUACCGAGCCCGAGCUUAUCACCAGUGGCUGCCAUGAAUGCUCUUCAUGGCGAGUCAUCCUUUGACUCUGAAGGCCCGGACGUGGACACCGACUCCAGCCUUGACCACAACGUCUCCCGUCAUUCAAAAGUCGCUCGCCUGCACGAUUCGGAUUCUCGAGUCAAGAGCAUUUCUGCAGCCAAUUCGACAACGUCUGCACCGUCUUUGAUGGAUAUGCCUAAAGUGCUGGAGUUUUUCGACUCCGCGCCAGAUGAGUUGAAAAGUUACCUGAUGUACCAGUUCUUGAAACGAUGCCCCAAGCCGACAUUGCAUUUCGUAGCGGAUAUUGUGAACCCAACUUUGAAAUGCGAUUUUUUGGCACUGCUCCCUCUCGAGCUUAGUCUGAACAUCGUCAAGUAUUUUGAUGUCCAGACAAUGUGCCGAGCAUCACAAGUCUCCAAGAAAUGGAGACAUAUUGUGAGCUCUGAUGAGAAGACUUGGAAAGAGCUUCUUGAUCGAGACGGCUAUGCGCUUUCUGACGGUGAACUGGAGCGAGCUAUCCGGGAGGGCUGGGGUUGGCAGUGCAGUAGCAUUGAUGACUUUGAAAGGGAUCUUAGUUCCAGUGUGGUCUGUUCAUCAUCCAAGAUGGAGAACGAAAUGUCCCCCAUUCAGUCAUCUUCAAAUAUGCACGACAGGACUCCCUUGGCCUCUCUCGCUCUGAACAGACGUCCUAAGCGCAAGGCAAACACCCGCGCAUCAAGCCGAAAGCUUGCCAAACGAAAGAUCUCGUCCAGUGGUACAGAUCACAGUGAGCCUGACUGGAAGAAAGACAUCGCUGCGUCGGAAGCCCCUUAUGCUGCAGCCAAUGCCGCCGCCGCCGCUGUUCCCUAUCCUGACAGUGGUAUGCCCUCUCUUCGCGGCCUUUACCUCUACAAGGCCCUUUACCGCCGACACCAUGCCAUCCGCAGAGGGUGGAUGAACCCGGAGGUCAAGCCUCAACACAUUGCUUUCCGCGCCCAUGACCGUCAUGUUGUAACCUGUUUGCAGUUUGACACCGACAAAAUUUUGACUGGGAGCGAUGACACCAACAUCAAUGUUUACGACACCAAGACUGGGGCUAUGAAAGCUACUCUAGAAGGCCAUGAGGGUGGUGUAUGGGCUCUCGAGUACCAUGGCAACACAUUGGUGUCUGGAUCUACUGAUCGGUCUGUGCGAGUCUGGGAUAUCGAGCGUGCCAGAUGCACUCAAGUGUUUAACGGCCACACAUCUACUGUACGUUGCUUGCAGAUUGUCUUGCCUACUGAGGUGGGCCGAGAUGCAAAUGGCGGUGCGGAGAUGAUGCCUAAGGUGCCUCUGAUUAUCACUGGAUCUCGUGAUUCAACACUUCGCGUGUGGAAGUUGCCCAAACCCAACGACGCACCUUAUUACCCCAAUGGACCUCUCGCGGAUGACAGCGAUUGCCCCUAUUUCGUCCGCGUCCUCUCGGGCCAUACACACUCGGUCCGUGCCAUUGCAGCUCAUGGUGAUACCCUUGUGAGUGGCAGCUACGAUUGCACCGUCCGUGUAUGGAAAAUUUCUACUGGCCAGGUUCUGCAUACACUCCAAGGCCACUCUUUGAAAGUGUAUAGUGUGGUCUUGGAUCCUAAACGUAAUCGCUGCAUUAGCGGUGCAAUGGACCACAUGGUUAAAGUAUGGUCUCUCGAUGAUGGAUCUCUCCUUUACAAUCUCGAGGGCCAUACCUCCCUUGUCGGCCUGCUUUCUUUGCAGAGCGACUACCUUGUUUCGGCGGCUGCGGAUUCCACUCUCCGAAUUUGGGAUCCUGAGCAUGGUCACUGCAAGAAUAUGUUGAGUGCCCACACUGGUGCCAUAACUUGCUUCCAGCAUGAUGGCCAAAAGGUGAUCUCGGGGUCCGAUCGGACCCUGAAAAUGUGGGAUGUCAGCACCGGCGCCUGUGUCCGUGAUCUUCUCACCGAUCUGAGUGGCGUAUGGCAGGUUAAGUUCAAUGAUCGACGCUGUGUUGCUGCCGUGCAGCGUGAUAGCCUUACAUACAUCGAGGUUCUUGACUUUGGUGCCGGGCGCGAUGGUGUGCCCGAUAACAAACUCGGCAAGCGUGUUGUAGUCAACCGCCGUGGGCGUGAGAUCGCGACCAGCAAUGCCGACUCAGACUCAGACUCCGACUGA